GCCUGGCGGGCUGGAGGACGUAGUGAUCCCACACAACCGGGCUUCCCCACUGCUACGGGGUGUUCAGUGUUUCCGGAAUAAACAUGCACCGCGAGGCCUCGGGGCCCGUGGCGGACGGGGGAGCGGAGCAGGACUGCGCGCGGGAGCCGGGCUUGGAGCCAGCCAUGGAGGAGUCGGCGGGUGACCACGCGAACGCAGGCCAAGGGGGCCGCAAGGAAGAAAUUAAUGAUCCUAAGGAAACAUGCAUGGGUCCUUCGGACACUUCCUACCUCAGCAAGCAGAAACACAGUGGUGAUAGCUGGUCAGAUGGUCGCUUAGCACACCAAAGAGAUGACAAAGAAGAUCGUGGCCCCAGAAUGACUAAAAAUUUUCUGCAAAAACUGUGCAAGAAGCACAAGCUUUAUAUUACCCCAGCACUGAACGAUACGCUGUAUUUACACUAUAAAGGCUUUGACCGCAUCGAGAACUUGGAAGAGUACACAGGGCUGCGUUGUCUCUGGCUGGAGUGCAACGGAAUACAGAAAAUCGAGAACCUAGAGGCCCAAACGGAACUGCGAUGCCUCUUCUUGCAAGUGAACUUGCUCCAUAAGAUCGAGAACCUAGAACCUCUGCAGAAACUGGAUGCUCUCAAUAUCAGCAACAAUUACAUCAAGACCAUUGAAAACCUCUCCUGCCUGCCGGUCCUCAACACGCUCCAGAUGGCCCACAACCACUUAGAGACCGUGGAAGACGUUCAGCAUCUCAAGGAGUGUUUGAAACUCUGUGUCCUUGACCUUUCCCACAACAAGCUGAGUGACCCAGAGAUCCUGAGCAUUCUCGAGAGCAUGCCUGACUUGCGUGUACUGAAUUUGAUGGGAAACCCAGUGAUCAGGAACAUCCCUAAUUAUCGAAGGACAGUCACUGUUCGACUAAAACGUUUAACAUACCUGGAUGAUAGACCAGUUUUUCCAAAGGACAGAGCUUGUGCAGAGGCCUGGGCACGAGGAGGGUACACAGCUGAGAAGGAGGAGAGACAGCAGUGGGAGAGCAGAGAGCGGAAGAAGAUCACAGACAGCAUUGAGGCCUUAGCCGCAAUCAAGCGCCAGGCUGAGGAGAGGAAACGGCAGAAAGCAAGCCAAGAGCAAGGGGAGGUGCUCACGCCAGACAGUGCCGGGGACCUGGGCGCCAGUGUGGAAGGGGAGGAAGCGCCUGCAGAGGACAGAGAAAGGUGGCAGAAGACGGAGCUGUCUGUCAAGGAGAGCUUCGAGGCCAAGGACGAGCUAUUCCCAGAAAAGUCAGAAGAGUCGCGUCUCCGGGAGGAGCUGCCUGUGGAUGUUGACGGGGAGCCAGGAGGGGCGCGCCCUGCCGAGGCCCCGCCACCGAGCCCCGGAGCUGCCUGGGAAGAAUCAGCUCCCCAGACUGUGGCCACUGAAAGUGCAUCAGGUACAGAGCUCUGUGGAGCUGAAGACUUGGAAGCCGUCCGACUGGAGACGAAGGAGAAGCUCUUCAUCGACGACCUGCCUGACUUGGAAGACGUGGAUGCGGGCGGACCUCCGGGAGACCAGCACAAGAAGAUGUGCUUUCCAAAGAUUACAGCCAUCUCGAGCCUGAGUGACGACAGUGACCCUGAACUAGACUACACCUCACUCCCAGUGCUGGAAAACACACCCACAGACACCCUUUCCAAUAUAUUCGCAGUCUCCAAGGACACCUGCAGGAAGGCCGAGACGGAGACGCCCUUUACAGGCAUAUUUAAAGCAGCAGCAGAGAGGGACUUGGAAACCCACAGGAGAGACACCAAGGCCCCUCGCCCACUGAUCCAGGAGCUGGACGACGAUGAGCCUUCAGGGCGACCACCCUGGCCCCCAGCCUGCGAAAGGGAAGCCGCGCCAGCCCCGUGCAGCGAGGACAGGGAUGGGGACCUGCUUCUGGCCUCCCCUCCAGGUAGUGUCACCCAACUUUCAAGGCUACAGGGGCCAAAAGCUUCUCAGGGGGAAAUGGACUGUGGACCACCCAAACCCAGAGCGGGUGGCCCCCUGGGCCUUUGCCCUAGGAAUACCCGGGUUCUCAGAGGGGUCACUCACGACCUCUCCAGAGACCACGGAGAUCGCUAGAGCAUGUUCCUAAGUCGUCGGCCGGGGCCAGCGAGCUGCCAGACCGACCCCCUCCCCGACCUUCCCCAUCCUUGGCCCUUCCAGACCAAGGCUGCUGAGGGAAGGAGGGGACCGGUGAUACCGCAGCUGGGAAUAUGGGACAAAACGAGGGUGGCAGCUGGCCGGAGGGUGUGGGUCUUCCACGUGAAGGCCCAGGACCAGGAUGAAUGACUGUGAGAUGGUGCUGGCCGGGAAGGGAGCUUCAGCAGGCGGGGACGGUGCCCACAGUGCCCGGCUGGGUGGGACCGGUAAAGCCACACCCCGACACGCCCGCCGGCCUGGCGCUGGGGCCUGUGCCCAUGACCAGGGAGAGGCACUUUGGGGGAAGCUGGCUAGUGCUUGCUGGUCACAGCGCACUGGGGGUAGCUCUGUGUUCAGGUUUGUGCCUCCGGGUAUCCAACUCGGGAGCUGUUGAACGCAGACAACGCCCGCUGUAAUCCACACCGGAUGGCAGCCAGGCUUCUUGCUGAACACCAGCUUGCGUAGCUGCCCCGAGGCCCGCAUGCGGGAAGGGGUGAGGGCUGGCCGCACUUCCCAAGAACACCGAGUUACCCAUUUCCUGGCUCUUUAGGGAACAGCCCUGAAAAGGAUGAAGUCCAGUCUGAGACGGAGCCUGAGGAGUGCCCGGAGCCCAAGGCCAGAGAAGACUGGGGCGACAUUGAAU